CUCUCUCUCUCUCUCUCUCUUUUCUGCCAACUGUCCCAAAUCUUUUCUCAUUCGAAUUUCUGCCUCCCUCCUCAACCUUACUCACCUCUGUCGUCAUCAUCGUGGUUGACUGCUAGCACCCUAAUCCCGUCAACCUCUGCUACUGACGUCCAAUUUGCCGCGCAGCCACUACUGUCCAUUCCUCUACCACGCAAAUCUGGUACCGACAUCAAACUCAUCUUUGCCACGUUGAUCAGACUAAUCACGUGAUCCGGUGUUGUCGCUGCCUACUGUCACCGUCGGAUGCAGUCGCCUCUAUUUUCGAUGAAAUCCUGGGUCGGCCCGGACGACACAGGCACAGCCCAUCCUUUUAGCCAUUUUAGAAGAAACCAAACAGAGCGGGGCUUAGCAGCAUAGUAGCUAGCCAGACAGAGCACAAAAAGCAUGGCGGCACUGUUAUCCACAGCAAUUCCACCUUCCACAAAGACUACUCAGACCCUGAAAAUGUCUAACAGCGGUGCUUUUGGAGGAAAUCCAUCACCUACACAUGCUCUAUUUUCUGGCUUUACUAAGAAAAAUAACAAGAAAUGUUCAUUUCUACGUUUGUCAGUAAAGGGUAGUGAAUCAACAACCCAAACAAAGCACAAGAAUCCCGGAAAAGCCCAAAGAAAAACUGAUGGGAAAUUGAUUUUGAGUGAAGGGAGAGAUGAGGAUGAGAACCAUGGGCUUAUUUGCCCUGGCUGUGGAGUUUUUAUGCAAGAUAAGGACCCAAAUCGUCCUGGGUUCUAUCAGAAAAGAAUGGUUGAAGUGAAACAAUUGUUAGAGGAUGAGGAGGGUGGUUUUGAAGGGUUUGAUGAAGAAGAAGAGGAUAUUCUGGAUGAAAUUGAUGGCAAAUAUGAAGAAAGUGACGAGGAAGAAGGUAAUUUGAAAAUUGAAGAUGGUAUUGGUUGGGAUAUGGAGGAAUGGGAAUCGGAUUUUGAAGAUGAAGACAAUGAUUUGAAGGAAUUGGAUGGGUUUAUCCCUGCGGGUGUUGGUUAUGGAAACAUUACUGAAGAGACUGUUAAUAAGGCAAAGAAGAAGAGGGUGUCGAAAGCAGAAAAGAAAAGGUUGGCUAGGGAGGCUGAGAAGGAGAAAGAAGAAGUCACAGUUUGUGCUCGGUGUCAUUCAUUGAGGAAUUAUGGGCAGGUCAAGAAUGAGACGGUUGAGAAUUUGAUACCCGAUUUUGAUUUUGAUCGGUUGAUCACUACCCGGUUGAUGAAACCAACCGGGAAUGCUGAUGCCACGGUUGUGGUUAUGGUUGUUGAUUGUGUUGAUUUUGAUGGCUCAUUUCCGAGACGAGCAGCAAAGUCUUUGUUCAAGGCAUUGGAAGGAAGCAAAGAUGGUUCAAAGCUCAGUAAGAAGCUGCCAAAACUUGUUCUUGUGGCUACAAAGGUUGAUCUUCUACCAUCUGAAAUUUCCCCAACUAGGUUAGAUAGAUGGGUUCGGCACCGUGCGAAGGCUGGAGGAGCACCUAAGCUGAGUGGGGUUUAUUUGGUUAGUGCCCGCAAGGAUUUGGGUGUGAGGAACGUGUUGUCAUUUGUCAAGGGGUUGGCUGGCCCUCGAGGCAAUGUGUGGGUUAUUGGGGCUCAGAAUGCUGGUAAGUCUACAUUAAUUAAUGCAUUUGCUAAGAAAGAAGGGGUAAAAGUCACAAAACUUACAGAAGCUGCAGUUCCUGGGACAACACUUGGGAUAUUGAGAAUUGGAGGAAUAUUGUCGGCCAAGGCAAAGAUGUAUGACACCCCAGGGCUCCUUCAUCCAUAUUUGAUGUCCAUGAGAUUAAAUAGGGAGGAGCAGAAAAUGGUUGAAAUAAGAAAGGAGCUACAACCUCGAACUUACAGGAUAAAGGCAGGCCAAGCUGUACAUGUUGGUGCCUUAAUGAGAUUAGACCUUAAUCAUGCUACUGUGGAUACAAUCUAUGUUACUGUUUGGGCAUCACCAAAUGUCUCUCUUCAUUUGGGAAAGAUAGAAAAUGCUGAUGAGUUCUUAAGCAAGCAUGCUGGUGUCAGGUUGCAGCCUCCCAUUGGCAUAGAGCGAUUUUCUGAAUUGGGCAAAUGGGAAGAGAGGGAAAUCAAGGUGUCCGGAACAAGCUGGGAUGUGAACAGCAUUGAUAUUGCGGCAGCCGGCUUAGGUUGGUUUUCUUUGGGUCUGAAAGGUGAAGCGACCUUGACAUUGUGGAUAUAUGAUGGUAUCGAGGUUACUUUGCGAGAGCCUUUAGUCCUCGACCGGGCAUCAUUUCUUGAGAGACCUGGGUUUUGGCUACCAAAGGCUAUAUCAGAAGCCAUUGGCAGCCAAGCUAAGACUGAAGCUGAAAAGAGGGAAAAGCUUCAAGAGGAGGAGAGUACAUUUUCCCUCUCAGAGACAUCUGCUUAAGAAAAAUGCUGUCUGUUUGUAGGAAAAGAAAUAGGUGCUGGUAACUCCCUCUUCCCCACAUCCUCUGGCUUGUCCCCUUGAGCUGUGAUUGCCACCCCUAGCUGCUGGUUACCACCUUUGGAGAGUUUACCUCCACCUCCGAUCUCCUCCAGUCGGCUCCUUGUUUUCAAAAUAGAUUUUGGGAAACACGUGUUUACUUUUUUAUUUUUGUUUUUUGUUUUUAUGCAAAAAUAAUUAUAAACAUGUUAUUUUGAAAACAUGUGUUUACCUUUUUUGUUUUUUGU